AUGGAUAAAGCGGACGCAAAGAACGCAGUCGAGGAGUAUGUCUACGACUUGCGCAACCGGCUCAGCAAUGAGUUGGAAAAGUUUAUCAAAAAGCAGGAUUGUACUGAAUUCGUAAACUUGUUGAACAGUACGGAAACUUGGCUGUAUGACGAAGGCGACGAUCUGAGCAAAGAAGUGUAUCAGGAGAAACUGAGGCAGCUAAAGAAUAUCGGUGAUCCGGUGAUCGAACGUUACCGCGAAUAUACGGAAAGGCCUGCGGCGUUUCAGCGGCUGAACGAGAUGCUAAAUACGGCAAAGAACGCCUUCUCAGCAUACAUGUCCAAGAACGAGAAGUACAGUCACUGGGAGCCGAGCGACGCAGAAAAGCUGCGCAAGGCGAUCGACGAGAAAGAACGCUGGUACCAGCAGCAAAUGGCGGCGCAGUCGCGCAGGGCGCUAACAGAACCGCCGGCAGUCUUCGUACACCAGAUCGUGCUGGAAGCACAGAUGUUCGAAAGCGUCGUCGGGCCGAUUUUGAAUAAGCCGAAGCCUACGCCAAAGAAAAAGAAAGAAUCGGCGCCUAAUGAAAAGAAAGAGUCGGCCAAAGAGGCGUCUCCGGAAUCGAAAGCACCUACCGCAGGGGAACAGCAAGUACCGUCAGAACCAGUACCAAAAGUCGAAGAAGUUGACUAA